GUGUGUGUGUGUGUGUGUGUGUACACGUGCGUACCAAAGCCAUUAGCGCGGAUUCCACAUAGACACACACACAAACACACAGCGAGUCGGAGUUCUGUAUCGUAUCCGACACUCUUUCUGUUUGUAUUUAAAGUAUCGGAGAUAUCGACUACUGAUAAAUCAGCGCACACUUUAAAGGACCAGCGGUGAAAAAAAAACUCUUAAAGUUUAUACCCCCCUUUUUCUGGUUGGUGGUGGAGUUGUUUGCUCAUUUUCUCCGAUGAUGAUGAUGAUGAUGAUGAAGAAGAAGAGAAGGAUGACUAUUUAUCAGUCUGGCAAGAUGCUGUGUGAGAUUUCUCUGUGUUAAUCUGCAGGCAGAUCGAGUUCGGAUGAGUAACCAAACCGGCGCAAACCGCAUGCGCGCUUUACGCACAGUGGAGUGAACUUUUGGAGUGAUUUUUUUUUGUUCUUCUUAUUGUUGCUCUGACUGAAAGAGAGAGAGAGAGAGAGAGAGAGAGAGAGAGAGAGAGAGAGAGAGAGAGAGAGAGAGAGAGAGAGAGAGUGUAUGUGUGUGUGCGUGUCGUGAUUCCUGCAUAAGAAGAUCAGCACUGAGAGAAGGAUGGCGAGGAGAAAACAGAGAGAACCCAGGAAAUCUGCAGCCUACCUUCCAUUGGAGAUUAAAGAAGCCACUUUUGAAGACAAGCAACUUCAAGAUGACGGUCUUGCUUUGAAUGACCGUAGACGAUACAUAUUCACCGAGGAAGAGGAAAAAGAUGCGAAAACGUCUCUUAGAUUUCAGGACCCUCCUAAGAGUAAUGGGACCAAUCCGGAUACCGGCUGUGUUUCCCCGCUCGGUGACACCGCUGAUCAGAUCCCUGACUUUAAAAGCAUAUAUUCGAAAGAAGGACACGAAGAGGAAGAAGCACGGAGCAGCUCGGACGACGGCGUUCUGGAUAACCGAGCUCGUACGAAAGCCUUCUGCGCAAACCUGAUCUCUGAUGCGUCUUGGUCCGACGUUGUGAUGAGUAUCAUGAAAAGUAGAGCGACCGCGUCUAGCACGGCUAGCACGGCUAGCACGACGCAUCCCGGCGGCGAUAACAUAAUCAACAGACCAAGCAAUCACAAUCGAAAUGUCCUUAACGGAAAGGCAGAAAGCAUUUCAAAUGGCAGCACAGUUACUAACUGCAGCGUCAAGGCUUCUAACGGUUCCGGUGUGGUGUAUGACUGGCAUCAGGCCGCUGUAGCUAAAACACUCCAACAAACACAUCACCGCUUAUCACCAGAGGCAAGCCUGUUCAGCACCGUGCAGCUCUACCGGCAAAACCACAAACUCUAUGGUUCUGUUUUGACUGGUGCUAGCAGGUUCAAGUGCAGGGACUGCAAUGCUGCAUAUGACACGUUAGUAGGUCUUACGGUUCACAUGAACAAUACUGGUCAUUACCAUGACGACAACCGAGAGAAAGAAGAAGAGAAUAACAGCAAGCACUGGUCGAAGCCGCGCAAGCGUUCAUUGAUGGAGAUGGAAGGCAAGGAGGAUGCGCAAAAGGUCCUGAAGUGCAUGUUCUGUGGCCACUCCUUUGAAUCUUUACAGGAUUUAAGUGUCCACAUGAUUAAGACAAAGCAUUACCAGAAAGUGCCUCUUAAAGAGCCUGUGCCAGCUUUGGCCACCAAACUGAUUCCGGCAGCCAAAAAAAGAUUUCAUGAUUCGCUAAUUUCCCCUUGUUCCCCAAAGUUGAUGACAUAUUCCAGGAAAGAGGCUUCGGUGUUUCCUGUGAAGGGCAUUGUUAAUCCUUACGUUACACCAAACAAUCGCUAUGGAUACCAGAAUGGUGCCAGUUACACUUGGCAAUUUGAGGAACGCAAAGCACAAAUCCUGAAGUGCAUGGAGUGUGGGAGCUCCCAUGAUACACUGCAGCAACUCACUGCCCACAUGAUGGUCACAGGCCACUUCCUGAAGGUCACAAACACUGCAGUGAAAAAGGGAAAGCAGUUAGUGUUUGACCAAAUUGUAGAGGAAAGCACACAGUCGAUUCCGUUACCUCCCACAGCUGCCGUUGUUAAACACCAGUCGGAGUCGGUGUCCCCUGCGCUGUCUUCUGGAUCAGAGGCCAAGAUGGAGGAGGUUUUUGAACCAGUGGUGAAAAGGAUCAAGGAGGAGAAGGAAGAGGUCAGCAUGGAUUCUACAUCGUAUAAGUACCUUACAGAGGAAGACCUUGAGGAGACUGCUAAAGGAGGGAUGGACAUUCUGAGGUCUCUGGAGAACACAGUGUCCAGUGCCAUCAGUAAGGCUCAGACAGGUGCACCCACCUGGGGAGGAUACUCCAGCAUCCAUGCCGCUUAUCAACUUCAGGGAGCCGCGAAGCCGUCUAUAGUACCUCCGGUGGUUCAAAGUGUCCAUGCGGUCAUCAACAGCAACCUUCUUUCACUCAAUCCUGACUCUGGAUCACUUGUUUACACUCCCCACACACAGUCAUCGCCCUUGAGCCUCAGGAACAGCGUAUCGACCAUGGAAGGGCUGAUGGAGAAGGUCUCGGGAAGGACCUCGGUAAAGAUAGAGAGGGAAGAAAGGACAGGGAUUGCAGAUGCAGCUACGUCAAUAUCGCCAUUAAUGACAGACAACAAAGUUAGUGUUGAUCCAAAGGCAAAUGUAGGUAUGUGUAAAGUGGAACCUAUGGAGAUGUUAGUAGAAAGCCAUAAUACGAACCAUAGCCUUGAGUUAGACAAAUCACCCGUCGGUAAUGGCCACUGUUUAGGGAUUGCUAAUGAUCAAUCAUCUGAGAAGUCUUUUAUAAGCCCUCUAAAUUCACUCCAGUUAGUUGUAAACUCGCACCUUCCCGAAGCAUCGAAGGUGGUCAGGUCCUCGUCUGGUCCUCUUCCGGUGUUAUACAAGAUCAGCAACAGGGUGGACAGAACUGCCCACCGUUGGUCAUCUGAUGAGCAAAAUGAGAUGAUUGACACAGAUUUAUACAAAGACAAUGACCAGCCUAUAGAUCUGAGAAAAUGCAAAAGCACUAAUGACAUCAUCCAUAAAGAAAGCACUAUCAACACCAGCAGCCUCAAGGUAAUAAACAACAAAGCUAAUGGAAGUAAGGCUCAUCACCCAGUCUUAUCGCUGUCUGAGUCUCUAAACCUACGGGAAAAUGCCCUGAUGGACAUCUCAGACAUGGUAAAGAGCCUCACUAGCCAGCUCACCCCCAAGUCUUCCAUUCCGCCGUACCUUUUAGGGAAAUCUGACACCGAUAGGAGUUCAUCCGAGGAUCCGACGGAAAACCUUUCUUCCGCGCAAAAGCAAAAAGGUCGUCAGUCCAGCUGGAACCCUCAGCACCUUCUCAUUCUUCAGGCUGAGUUUGCGUCAAGCCUGAAACAGACCCCAGAAGGUUGCUACAUCGUAACAGACCUCUGUCCUCACGAACGUGUAAAAAUCUGCAAGUUCACAGGUCUCUUAAUGACCACGGUGUCACACUGGCUUGCGAACGUGAAGUACCAGCUGCGGAGAACAGGAGGGACCAAGUUUCUGAAGAACCUGGACUCCAGAAAUCCUUCGUUUCUUUGCGGAGAGUGCGAUUCAAAAUUCCAGACUCCUUCCGCUUACAUUAACCAUCUGGAGUCUCACCUCGGUUUUAGCCUCAAGGAAAUGUCCGAGAUGUGUCCGAGGUGAACGGAGGAAAGAUGGCGUCUCGACUCGAAGAGUCGUCAGAUGAUCAUCUGGUGUUUUUAGUCCACGUUCUCACUGGCGAGUGACAUAGCAAUAGAUGACAUGACUGCAAGACUCGGCACAACUCGAUUUAUGAAUAUUUUCUCGAUUGUUUCGCAAAUUAGCGCCUCGACAAAAUUCACCGCACCAAUCAAAACGAUCCAUAUCCUUUGACUACUCUAAGGCCACACCCACAAGCGAAACUGGGAGAAACACCAGCGUCUUUUUUUUACUUGCUAGUACGAACGCAGGGUUAAUGUUUUGGAAGUUGGAAGCUGUUGCACAUUUUCUCCAUCAUCCAGGUCAUUUCCAAGUGUCUGGAAAUACCUAAAUAAAAAUAUACGAAGACAUUUCUGCUCUCCGUCCCAGUCAGAUGACCCACCAGCAUCACGUCCCUCCUGCACUAAGCCAUCAAUAACUGAAAUGAAAUUUACUUUCAGUUCUAAAAACUGCUGAAUCUCAUUUUUAUAUGUCUUAAAGUCUUGAUUUUUAACCGAAGUUAAAUGUAUUUAUAUCUCAUUUGUCGGACCGAUGCAUGUGUGACGGAUGACUUUAUGAAGGUGAAAUUUGAUAAUUAGAAAAAGAAAAUUAAUUAAUUAAUUAAUUAAAACAAUUUUUUUAUGUUCAAUCUGGGGCAUUUUUUUGGGGGGGGGGGAUUGGAUACAAAUCCUUACAAAUUCUACAGAUACGUUUUAUUCGUCGAUCUUGCUCGUUUGUGUCUUAAAUUUUAGUGAAAGAUUUGUAGCUUCACACACUUUUUUCCCAGAAAAGAAAAAAAAGAAAAGAAAAUGAAAUGAAAAUAAAUAUAAUAAGAACGA